GCCCUCUCCCUCCCCCCCCGUCAGGAGAGGCGUUUGCGGCUUGGACUCCCGCUCCGCUCCCCAGGCCGUGGUUCCGUGCUGUGUGUGGGGAAGAUGGCGGCUGAGGAGGCUGUAGUGGCAGCGCUGGCCCGGCUGCCCCCCGAAGAGGGGGAGCCGGAGGAGGAGGAGGAGGCCGGAGAGAUCAGUAAGGGAGCGGCUGCGGAUGGCGUGGUUGUGUCUGGAAAAAUGGAUAACAACAAACUAGAUGUGUAUAUGUCUGAAGCAGAAAUGAAAAACAAAGAGGAAAGAACAGAACAAGAGUCUAUAAGGGAGUCUGAUAGUACUAUUUUGGAUGCCUCAUCUGAUUCUCCAAGAGAGAAACAUAUUUCAAUUCAAAGACAGCUUGCUGAUCUAGAGAAACUAGCUGACCUGAGUGAAGGUGAGUUUACCUCGGCUGUUUCCCAGAACACAGAUCAACAUGUUGCAGCUGGAAAGAAACCUUGCCCACUGUGUCCUGAAGAGAAAUUCAAAGCUUGUUAUAGUCAUAAGCUCCAUCGCCACCUUCAAAAUUUGCAUUGGAAGGUUUCUGUUGAAUUUGAAGGAUACAGAAUGUGCAUCUGUCACUUACCUUGUCGCCCAGUGAAGCCAAACCUCAUUGGAGACCAGAGCUCUACAAAGAUGGGAGCCCAUUAUCACUGCAUCAUCUGUUCUGCAACCAUUACACGAAGAACUGACAUGAUAGGGCAUAUUAAGCGCCACGUGAACAAAGGAGAAACUGAGUCCAGGUAUAUUGCAGCCGCUGCUCCUAAGUCUUCUCAUGAAGUGCUGAAAGAGGCAGACACAGAUGUACAAGUUCUUCCUAACUACUCCACACCUCAGAAAUCAGAUUCCUAUUUUAAUCCCAAAAUGAAACUCAACAGGCAACUGAUAUUCUGUGCAUUAGCUGUUUUGGCUGAAGAACGGAACCCGUUAGAAUGUUUGGAUGCAUUUGGGGCCACCGGUAUAAUGGGAUUACAGUGGGCAAAGCAUCUUGGAAAUUCUGUGAAGGUUACGAUUAAUGAUUUCAAUGAAAAUUCCGUGACAAUGAUUCAGGAAAACUGCCAUUUAAACAAGAUGAAGGUGAUGAUGAACCCUAAGGAAGAGGAUGACUGUGAUGACACUAUGGAAGAAGGAGAGGAAAAUGUAGGCAUUAUUGAUGUGACAAAAAUGGAUGCCAAUGUCAUAAUGCACUUGAGAUCCUUCGAUUUUAUACACCUGGACCCAUUUGGAACAGCUGUGAACUACCUGGAUUCUGCAUUCAGAAAUGUAAGAAAUCUUGGAAUAGUAUCAGUGACAUCCACAGACAUCAGUUCUCUGUAUGCAAAAGCUCAGCAUGUGGCCCAGCGCCACUACAGCUGUAACGUUGUCAGAACGGAGUACUACAAGGAACUGGCAGCUAGAAUAGUCGUUGCUGCUGUGGCAAGAGCUGCAGCUCGAUGUAACAAAGGCAUUGAAGUUUUGCUUGCAGUAGCUCUAGAACACUUUGUCCUAGUAGUGGUGAGAGUUUUGAGGGGACCAUCUCCUGCAGAUGAUUCAGUCAAGAAAAUUCGGUAUCUUAUGCACUGCCAGUGGUGUGAGGAGAGGAUUUUUCAGGAGGGUAAUAUGGUAGAAGAAAACCCUUACCGGCAACUACCUUGUGACUGCCAUGGCAGUAUGCCUGGGAAGACAGCAGUAGGGCUUGGUCCUCUGUGGUCAGGGUCCCUUUUUAACACUGGAUUCCUCAGAAGAAUGCUGUUUGAAGCUGUUCAGCACGGCUUGGAUGAGAUUCAGCCACUUGUAAAGACAUUAAUCUGUGAAGCAGAGUGUACAACUCUAAAACAGUUUUCAAUCCAUGGUCCUGCCAGCCAGAACAAACAAGAAGAAUGUGGUGUCUUUAUUAAAACACCAGAUACUGCUGCUGACUACUAUGUGGUACAAGGUAAAAGGAAAAGUAAUGAAAUGAGUAGAAACAUAGCAAAAAGACUGAAGUCCGAAAGCAAUGCUGAGCACCCUGCAUUUUACUAUAAUAUCCAUAGACAUAGUAUCAAAGGAAUGAACAUGCCAAAGUUAAACAAGUUCUUACAGUAUCUGUCCCAAGCUGGGUAUAGAGUAAGCCGAACCCAUUUUGAUCCCAUGGGAGUUCGCACAAAUGCACCCUUGGCACAGUUUAAAUCUAUCCUUGUGAAGUACAGCACUCCCACGUACGCUGGGGGGCAGGCAGAAGGCCCUGUCCAGUCCACUGAAGAUGCCCAGGCAGGAGACAAUGUCCAAACUGCUGUAGCUGACAAGUCAGGAGACAUGGAGUUCACAGAAGAUAAUAAAUCAGGAGACACUCUCACGUUCACAAAAGACAGCUAUAAUGAUAACUUUACUGAUGCUGAAUGCAAAUAAUGUGUUAAUUUGAGAUUUGCAACUAAGCCCUACUCAUGUAAACCAAUCUACAGAACUGGUUUUGAAAGCUUGGGUUGCCAGUUAUUUCAAUGUGUGGGAGACAUUUUAGAAUUACACAGAAGAACUUGUAAUUGAUCACAAUACAUAUGGUCAAGUUACAAUUAGAGUGGAGAAAGAAACUAUAGAGGGUAUUGACUUUUAUGCUCUUGUCUUUCUUUUAAACAAUGGCAUUUUGUGACUACCCCCAGCUCUUUGAAAAGCCUUAUGCAAGCUCCUAGUGCAAUUUCCAGUACAGUGGAUAAGCGAUGGGGCCAAAAGUCUUAAGCAUUUCCGGAAGUGUUGCUAGAGCAUAACCUAAGUAUGAAAUGGGUCAUCAUGCGUGCAGCUUGAUUGGUUAGAGUUUAGAAAUAGGUCAGACACCAAAAAUGUUGCACUAUAAAAUGUGGUAUUAAAUUUAAGCAAGCCAGAAUAUUUUAAAUAGGUACAAUUAUAUCCUUAAGUAGCAAACUUAACUUUUACCUAAAAGCAAAGACUUAAAUGCAAGUGGAUCAGGAAUGAAAUUAAACUUUUUGCUAUUUGAAUUUUUAUCUUUAACUCUACAUAGCUAUAUAUUUCAAGUGAAUUAGCUACUUUGUACAAAAUAACAGUUACCUACUGGUAAUAAAGGAGAAAUCUGGUAAGCUAUUGGGGAGAGAGGACUGAGUGGCCAAGAGUUAAUUCACCAGGAUUUAACUCAUCCAGCAUUUAAAUUGUCACUGGUACUAUUUGAUGAUUAAGUCAAUACAUCUGAACUCUAGUCAGUUAGCUGGCAGUUAUCUAAUUUAACCUGCUUGUGAGAUUCCUUUUACGAGUCAAUGAUUAAAUUUUUACAUAAACAGGUUAUUUUCACUAUUCGAACCAUCUCUUGUGGUACAGGUUGAAAAAACACAUUUCAUAAAUAGUCAUUCCUUUUAAAAAGUGUGUUAUACACACACACACACACACACGUGUGUGUGUAUUUUUUUUUUAAUAUAUAUAAAAACCAUAUGAUUUUAUAGCUGAAGUAAUACCAUAUCUAUAUAUUUUAUGACUGAAGUAAUAGCAUAUCUAUAUAUAUGGUAUUACUUCAGCCAUAAAAUCAUACGGGUCAUUUUAGUGUAGCUUUUUCCAGCUGUUAGAAUGAAGAGUUUGGUCCAAAACUUCUGUCGUUCGCUAGUUCUGAUCUAGGAACAACUGUCUUAUACUGCUUUUAAAACAGGAUCUUCCAUACAGCACGGGUAAUAAUUUUAGACUCAGGCUUAGUCUACAAAGUUUUGGCAGCAUAACUGUAUCGACUAGGAGAUUGAGGGGGAAAAAAAUCAUACCCCCUAAAAACCAACACAAGUGUGCCAAAAGAAACUCCCCCCAUAUAGAUAUAAGUAUGCAGCCAGAAGAGAGUUUCUGGUGUCUUAGCUAAUGUCAUUUCACUGGUGGCUUAGCUGUACCAGCAGAACUCCUCCUGUCAUAUCAGUUUAUGCUACAUCUCCCUACUAUGGGGUUCUGCCAGCAUAGCUAUGCCAGCAAAGCAUAUGUAGUAUAGACUCGCCUUCAGAUACGGGUUUUCAUAGCCGCUGCGGCCCCAGUCCUGUCACAGAACCAUUCUAUCACUUCCUUCUCAGCCAUUCUAUGCCACUCAAUUCUACAAGAUUGCUAUGUAUCAAAUACCCUCUUUCAGGCUCUGCCAAGCUGUAAGACUCUAGUCAUGUAGCUCUUUGAGUUAUAGAAGAAAAAUCUUCUUUCAGAAAUCCACAAAAUAAACACUAGUAGUGUGAGAUUUGGCAUAAAGUACAUGAACUAGUCUAAUAGGACUGGGAACACAGAGGGAAAGAAUCAUGCAUGACUUACUGGUGCUGGAGAAAAAGCAAUUUCAAUGUAGGCACCAGAGAAAUCUUCCACAUAGUACCCACUUACUUCAUGCUAAAGUUCACACAAAAACAUCACAAGAAAAAGAAAAUGCCAUGAAAAUUGGCACGGGGUCUGUACAGCAGAUGUAGAACCUGGAAUUACUUAGCUCAAUUUUUUUUAAGUUGACAAGGUUUCAAAUUGAGUGUCCUUUUAACUAAAUACUGGUCUUAUUGAAGCGUUCAGACCUCAUUCUUGUUUUUAAUCUCUAUUGCUGUGGAAGCGUCUCACACCAACAGAGCAACUUCAUGAUACAGUGAAACUAACAAACCAGGAAGUUGUCAAAUGCAAAGCAAACAAACUGGCAAAAUACAAAAAGUUUCUAAUGUUUCAGUUAAAGAAAUCCAACACUGAAUUGAAACCAAUUUCAGGCAGAAAUGUGAUUUUAAAGUUGACAAACUAACUGCAGAGAUUAGGAGAACAGCUUGUGUAUACCUCUAUCUUAACACUCAAUAUCCAAAUCUGGCAUGUAGUCAAAUAGCUCCUUAAUGCAUAAUCUUUAGUUUAACUUGCCGUCAUGGUUCAGCAAGUCUCAGAAGUACAAAUUAGCUUUCAGUUGAAUGUAUUCGUGGAAAAGUAAUACAGCAAAACACAAAAUGUCCAGUAAGUUCUUAAAGUGUAUUGGGGCAACUUUUUGUUUAAGAAGGUGGAGUAAGUAAGGCUAGCCAUUUUCAACUUGAUUCUGACUAACAGGGAGGAAUUGGUUGCAAAUCUAAAGAUUGACGGCAAUGGGUAAAUGUGAUCACAAAAUGAUAGAUUUCAUGUUUCUAAGGAAAAGAAUGAGUGAGAACAGCAGAAUAUGGGCAAUGGACUUCAAAACAAAGCAUACUUUGACAAUAUGUCUCUGUUAGUGUGGAACUCUUCCAAAUUCAGAGAACUGGUACGUAAGAAAAUUUAAGGGAAAAGAGAGUUUGAGAAAGCUGGCAGUUUCUCACAGAUACAAGUUUAAAGACACAACAGCAAAUUAUCCUCAUACUAUAGGAAAAAUAGUAAGAAGCCAAUAUGGCUCCAUCAGAAUCAGAAAAUCAAAAAGGAAUCCUGCAAAAAGUGGAAACAUGAAUGCAAAAUGAAUACAAAAGACCAGUACAAGCAUGUAGGACAAAAUCAGAAAGGCUAAGGCACAAAAUGAGUUACACCUAGCAAAAGAAAUAAAAGGCAAUAAAAAGAGGUUCUAUAAAUACACGAGGAGCAAGAAAAAGACCAAGGAAAGUGUGGGUCCCCUACUUAAGGAUGAAAAACUAAUAACUGACAGCAUCAAGAAGACUGAGGUGUUUAAUGUACAUUUUGCUCCAGGCUUUACUAAAAAGGUAAUUUGUGAUCCAAUACUUAACACAAUAUUAACACGGGAAGAAACCCAAGCCAAAUUAGAGAAAGAACAGGUUAAAGAAUAAGGUCAUGUCUACACUAGUGAGCUUAGAAGCACAGCUGUACCACUCUUACAGUGGCACAGCUGAGCGACACCUAUGAACAACAUAAAUGUUGCUGACAUAAGCAAUAGUGUAGACUUGGCCUAAGUUAAAAUGUAUUCAAGUUGGUAGGAUCUGAUGAAAUUCACACUAGAGCACUUGAAGUAGCUGAGGCAAUCACAGAACCAUUAGCAAUUAUCUUUGAAAACUUAUGGAGGAUAUGUGAGGUCCAAGAGGACUAGAGAAGGAGAAACAUAGUACCUAUCUUUAAAAAGGAGAACAAAGAGGACGUGGGAAACCAUAGACCAGUCAAUCUAAUGGUGAUACCUGGAACAAAUUAUUAAUUAAUUUGUAAGCUCCUAGAAAAUAAUAGGGUUAUAAAUAUAUGCCAAUAUUGGAUUUGUCAAGAAUAAAUCAUGCAAAACUAAUUUCCUUCUUUGAUAGGGUUACUGGUCUAAUUGAUGGGGGAAACCUGUAGACAGGAUAUCUUGAUUUUAGUAAGGCUUUUGACACAGUCCCACAUGACAUUCUCUUAAGCAAACUAGAGAAAUGUUGGCUAAAUGAAAUUACUGUAAGAUGGGUUGUAGCGUGGAGGUGCAGCCUCCUGCUCUGUCAGAAGGGGAAGACCCGAGAGCGCCCCCUGGUGAGCAGAACCAGGCCACCUGUGGUCAUCCCGCCAGAAGCAGAGGGGCAGGACAGGAAGCUGGACUGUAAGAGGCCAGCCUCCUAGCUCAGGGGGAAAGCUGCCAGAGGUGCAGGACAUCUCUUCCUUACUGCCGGGUCCCAGAGCUGAAGGAGACAACUGCCCGACCAGAGGAGUUACUUGAAUUACUGGAGCCCAGCAACGCCGACGAACUGCUGCGGCUGCCAUUGGCUGUUUAUCCCGGAAAGACCGAGGAUGACCCCAAAAACCAGGUGUCCCAAACUGGGGAGGGUAGGAAGGAACCCAGGGAUACCAAAUAGGUUCAGCUGUGGAAUUAUUGUGAACUGGCCAGCAUCUUGCGGGUGGAUCCCCACUGACCUAGUGGCGAACUACCCCUCCACUAAUAAGGCCCUGGGCUGGGACACAGUGAAGUGGGAGGGCCUGCAUCCCCCUACCCCGGGCACCCCACCUGUGGAGGAUGGCCAUCUCCCCACUAAGAGGCCAGGAGGCCUGAACUGGUUUGGCGCCUGCUGAAGCUAUGGUGCCAGGCGCAUUUUCUGUCACUCCCAGUUGAGAGCUAAUUCCCCACCCUGAACUGCUGGGCUGUAUUGCACGGACUCAGUCUGAGCUAUAAACUGUGAAUUGCCCCGAUUGAGGGACUGGGGCGGAGAGACUAAUUAAGGCCUGGGCUGAUUGUCGGCCAGGCCUGCUAACUGCUUGCUGUCCUGGUUGAGGGGUGCUGCUUGGAUUAAUCACUAGGUGGACUCACUAGCUGGGAGCUGCGCCUGCUUGAGAAACAGCAAGGCAGCGCAGCCUCCCACCCUGUCAGAAGGGGAGAGACACAUGCCCCUCUUUACAUGGGUGCACAACUAGUUGAAAGAUCAUACUCAAAGAGUAGUUAUCAGUAGUCUGCUGUCCUACCGGGGAGGACAUAAAUAAUGGGGUCUCAAAGGGUCUGCCCUGAGUCUGCUUAUAGAAUCUGCAGAUGACACCAAGCUGAAGGGGUUGCUAGCAUUUUGGAGGCCAGGAUUAGAAUUCAAAAUAACCUUGUUAAAUUGGAGAAUUGGUCUGAAAUCAACAAGAUGAAAUUCAAUAAAUACAAAUGUAAAAUACUACACUUUGGAAGGAAAAAUCAAAUGCACAAAUACAAAAUGGAGAAUAACUAGAUAGGCAGUAGUACUGCAGAAAUGGAUCUGGACCAUCCCAGAUGUGUUCCCAGCACAGAUACCUACCAAAAAUCCAACUUUUAUUGUUCGUAUAGAUAAUUUAAAAACAACCACCUAAAUAACAUGGAAUGUAUGUUGGAGGACAGCUGAAAGUACAAAACAUCUGCAAACCAUUAUAUCCCACAAGUUGGGUGACCUUUCUUCUCCUCAUCAAAAGAGCCCUAAACAUUUCUUGACCUAAACAGUGGGAGGAAAGAGAAAUCCUAAUUAUGUUUUUCUAUGGAGGGAAUAAGGAGAGGGAGAUAUUGUUUUAUAUUCAGUAUAAUCAUGGCUUAAUGUUUGAUCCAGAACUACAGUUGAGUUAUAAUGAAGGGCUGAGGUUUAGAGUGCACAAUACAGUUUCAUCUUAGACUUUAUCAAAUACCACUUUUCUGGUAAGUGGAUAAAACAAUCUAUCUUACAAUACAUUUAUCCUCAAAUUUAGCUGCAGUUGUAAAACUUAGCAAAAACUGACACUGUGUAUUUUUAUAAAAGUUCAACCCCAUUCAGUAUGUAAUGCUAUGAUCCUACUUCGCAUAUUGCAAGUCUUCUGUCUCCAUUUAUGUUGGGAAGGUGAUUAGCACACAUGUAAAUCACCAUGCAUAAAAACUGAUUUUGCUGGGGUUCCCAAGUAGGGCACACCAAACCAACCGUCUUCUUUUCAUAUCACCGUUUGCAUGACAAUCAUUCUGUGUCCCACCCAACAGAAUAACUUGUUAUACAUGCCAUGGCAGCCACUGAAAAAGUUUGACAUUAGCUAGUGUUAUUACACAUAUACAUCCCAUUCUAAGCCCCUUAUCCAAAACCCACUGAAGUAAAUGGGAAUUUUUCAACUGAUUUCAAUGGGCUUUAAAUCACGCUUUACAAGUUGGAGGGGGGAGAAACUGAGGCACCAGAUUCCACUAUAUGGUGUUGGCACGUGUAUCCAGAAAGCAGAUGCAUCUCCCAGCCCUCUAUCUAGAAAACUGCAGAUAUGAUAAUGUUGUUAGACAGUGCUAGACUUUACUGGUGGAUUUAUAAUGCAAAUGGUUUCUUUUGUAGACUGUAAUAGGAAGUGAUUGAAUUUCCAGUACUGUGUUCACAGCAUUUUUGCUUUAUUGUGACAAAUGUGAGACGUUAGGUAUGACUUUAGUUUCAGAUAUUAUAACUGUUCAAUUUACCAUACCUAACAAUCACAAGGUACCAAAAAUGAAGAUCUAGCUCAACAGGAAGGCAAUAUGAAAGUUGUUUUGAAAAGUAAAAUUGUUUAUAGCACUAAAGUCACAGUGCAUCAAUGGUAUAAUCAAACACCUACAUAAUAUAUAUUUUUAAAGAACAUAAAUAUUCAGUAAAUUCACUAUGACAUGAAAAUAAGUUUCACAUUCUUCCACACUUUUUUUAAACUGCGGACAAAAAAAGACAUUCUCUAGACAGACACAGCUCAGCUUCACCAACACCUCCUUUGCUCCUUAAACAUCCUUAGAUAUCAUACCGGGAAUUUGUCAUUCUGCUGCAGCUAACCUAGAAGUUUCCCCAUAAAAUCUAAGUAUCACAAAAACAGGAUUAUAUUUAGUGGACAUGCACUAGUAAUCUAUACAAUUGAACAUUACACCAAGUAAUACUGAAUAAAACAACAUUUGAAAAUCAACCCUCACCCUCCAAUAUGCUUGGUGACUGGAAAUGUCAGUUUCAUGGCACAGAUUACAAAAAGAGUAGUAAAAACAUUUUAGAUACCAAAAAGAAAUAUUAAAAGUUAUUCAAGAAACCUAUGAAUUUUUCAUAUAGAGAUGAAACUGACCCAAAACAGCUGUCAAAGUGGACAUAUAUUUACAAAUGUUAGACUUGAAUGACGAGUAAUAGAAGGCUUGUUCCUUUCCCAACAGAAACCUAGGGAUUUGAAAGUGUACAAGUUCCAUAUACUUCAGAAACUCAUCCAUCUUAACUGUGAGCAAGACAAGAAGGGAGAAGACAAAGUUUAAUAUUCCUCAGCUGCUGUAAGGGUCUUUUCACUUUCAGCUUAUAAACUACAGAGACAGGAAGGCUGUCCUGUUAAAACCUUAGAGCAAAGAGAACAUCACUGUGCCAUUUCCCUAACAUUGAGAAUUCUCUUUAGCUGCAGCAAAGCAUCCCCACUAGGUGAGUGCAGGGUUCACGCCAGAAAAAAAAAAAAACCCACCCGUUUAACAUGCAGAUGAAUGGUAAAUGCAAAACUUCACACAGCAGCCACCUGCCAAGUUUAAAAAAAAAAAAAAAAAAUU